ACGGAAGUGCGAGGUGAGAUGAUUUUUUUUUUUAACUACCUAUAUAUACCAACUAUAUUUUAAAUCGUGUCCCACAUUGUAAUACUUCAAGCUGCCAGUUCCUCAUAUAAUCUGAAGGUGGCAGCAAUGUGACGCUACCGUGUAUUAUCUGCCACAACAUCCGGCCGAAAGAGUAAUCUCAGCGUCUCCCAGCAACACUGUAAAUAACUCGAUGAUUUUUCCCCCUCUGGUCCAGGAAGGCGGUCAGGAAGUGUCCAGAGAUGAAUGAAAGUCUGUAGAGUACACUCCUCUGAGUCAGGUUUCUUAAAAAUCCAGUCCCGACAGCGGAAUCCCGAGGCUGUGCAGACAGCUGGUAGUUGGAGCCCAGCUGAUGGGGCUCUUCGACAGGUUGAUUGGAUGGCUGGGGCUGAAGAAGGAGGUAAAUAUACUGUGUCUGGGCCUGGACAACAGUGGGAAAACCACCAUCAUCAACAAACUCAAACCCAACAAUGCCCAGACACAAGACAUUGUUCCGACCAUUGGUUUCAGCAUAGAGAAGUUCAAAACCUCCAGUCUUUCCUUCACGGUGUUUGACAUGUCUGGUCAGGGCAGAUACAGGAACCUGUGGGAACAUUACUACAAGGAAGGCCAGGCGAUCAUAUUUGUUAUCGACAGUGCUGACAAACUGAGGAUGGUUGUGGCCAAAGAAGAACUGGACACUUUGUUAAAUCAUCCUGAUAUUAAACACAGACGAAUCCCAAUCCUGUUCUUUGCAAACAAGAUGGACGUCAGAGAUGCUCUGUCCUCAGUCAAAGUCUCACAGCUGCUGUGUUUGGACAACAUUAAAGACAAACCCUGGCAUAUAUGUGCCACAGAUGCUCUGAGAGGAGAUGGUCUCCAGGAGGGAGUCGACUGGUUACAAGAUCAGAUCAAGUCCCUGAGAACAUGAGGCCGUGAUGAGAUUAAUUGUGAGACCUGACAACUGAAACUACACACUGAGGUUUUUCUGUAGUUACUGUAGAUGUUGAUGUUCUUCAUCAAUGUUCAAGGUUCAGUCUGGGAUUAGUAAUAUCUUGAUUCCAAUAGUAACAUUUAAAAUAAUUGAGUUGUAAAUUUCAAGAAUAGUUUAUUUAUAUUAUCAUUUUUUUCUAGAAUAAUAUUUAUGACUGUUUUUUUAUUCUAGUUGUCUGUAAAGACGCCGAGCAGGAAAGUGUUUUGUUUUCAUUUUAGCCUUUAAAUCUAAUUUAAUUUAAUUAUCAUCUAAUAAAUAAUUAGUUUCUACCUUCGGUCUCUGAUGAAGUUUGCCUCAGAGUACUGAUGUAUACUGAGAGUACUGAAGUGUACUGAGAGUACUGAUGUAUACUGAGAGUACUGAAGUGUACUGA